AGAAGUCUGGCCUCAAAAAGAGUCAGAAACUACUAGCGGAGUUUCGCAGUCAUCGAUGCGCCCAGGGAGAACUUCCAGACCAGAUUCGUGCGCACUGGUAUCCGAAAGGAAUGGCUCCGCUGCUGGCCAAAUUGGCUCCUGAAGUUCCUGCUGUAGGUGACAUCGACAAUCGUGUGGCCCACGAGCUGGCGCAGUAUGUGGCUUACGAGCACAAGCUGCAGAUGGGCGACUGCAACCUCUACCGCUCCGUCCUAGAUAAGAUGGGUGAGGAAAUGAACACCAAGAUCCCGAUCCCAGAGUCUGCGUUUAAGUAUGGAAACGGAGUGGGCACCACCGUCGAGGCGUCAUCUAGUGUGACGAAGUCUUCUAGUAGUACAGCACCGCGCGGGAAGUCGAACAAUCCAAAAGCAGCUGCGUCUUCGUCUUCUAGUAGUUCUACCUCUGGGCAAGUAAAGAAGAAGAACGGAAAGAAGUCAUCCGCUGCACCAUCGCAGCGGAAGCCGCUCACGGAUGCGGAGUUCGACGAGAUUCUUGGGGAGGACCGUAUUUGAAAAUGUAUUAGCGUCCGAAGAUGCCACAGAUUAUUCAUCAUAGUUUUCAACUCGUUGGAACAGUUCCACUCUCUUCCACAUGCCCGAGGAGGGGGCUUUCCUGUUUCGUUAGAUGUGUUUCGAUAUAGUUUCACUUAUUUCGGUCGUGAUUCAUAGCAGUUGAUUUGAUUUUCUCAUCUAGAUAUAUUCACGAGCAGACUGCAGCCAAAACGCAUCCUUAUAGUGAAUCCAAUUAAGAUUCUCGCUUUCCAGUAGGUGUCUCAAGUAAGUAGCCGAAUUCCUUCUCGGGUGUAGUAUCUUAGUGGAGAUCUAUCAUAAAAAAACAGUAAUUACGAGUAGUUUUUUUGUUGUCUUCAAAAGCAACCUAUCACGCAGUCCGUUUUGAAUUUUUUACAUCAAUAAAAAAGUAGAUCAGUCAUAAGUAGGAGUUGAAUCAGGACCCAGGUCCUAACUAUUAUGGAUAAUGUCUUUCAUUUUGCUCACAUACUCGCUGUCUGCUUCCACGUAAUACCUCUCCAAUAUUCCGAGAGGUCUCGCAUUUCUGACGCCCGGCGCUGCUGGGUGUAGAUAGAUGCUAUUUUUCCCAUUCGUUCGGGCAGGAUCGUCGUGCCUGAGUUAGAGGAUGAGUCUUUGAAUGGAUGUGAUUAAACUAGACGAUGGAAUCAAUUUUAUACAACUACAAACUUCGUCUACACUUUCAAAAUCAAACUUAUCACACUGAAAAUAACCACUGAAAAAGCAACCUCUUCCAUCCUGGUCGUAAGGCCUCGAUCUAAAUAUCAAGACUAUUGCCCUUCUUUUGCGAGGUAUCCGCACUGGGAAAG